AAUUCCUCUCAUGAUCAUCAAAUUCAAAAGAGAGAUAUAAUAUAAUUAUAAUAUAAUGUCUUGGCAGCCUCUCCAGGAGGAGGCAUUGUAGAUUAUCUCCUGGAACAAAAAAUCAUAAAAUUCAAAUAUAUGUCUUUACAUAUUGUAUUCUAAGGUGUUCAAAUGUUUUAUAAUUUGUAGCAUAUUUUUACAAAUUCUUUGUAACAUUAUACAUAGAAAAAAGAUUAGAAAAAAAUGGGAGACAUUUCGCCAGAGAGAAAAGCAGGUUGUGGAUUAAUGACAACAGUAUUUGGAAGACGGUCGAAAAAAACAUCCUCUGUGGGUUCUGCUCCCAUACCAAACAACGUUAAUGAUCCAAAACGACGACGUGGUGGUUCUAAAGAGGUUGUUUCUGUCGAUGCACCUUCACAAAAUGUUCCAAACACUUCAACAACUCGUUCUGUUUCCAAGACUUCUUCUUGUUCAUCAAAUAAUAAUCCACAGAAAACGACAAUGCCACGUGGACCAUCAAAGGUUUUAAAUUCAUCAACUACUGAGGGGUAUGUUAAUCAAGGUAGGAGGGUUCCAAAAGAAGCUGUUGGUAUUUCAGGUGAGUUAGAAAGCAUGAUCAAUGAUCAUCAAAAAUCCAAAGGAAGUAGUACUCUUAUUCGCGCUUCGUCUGGCAAUGUUAUGUUGUAUGGAAAUUUAGGGAAUCUUAGGCAAGGAGAUAAAAAUAAUAGUUAUUCAAAUGCAAUGGAUAAUUAUAACCAGUAUUUUGAAAAUGCAAAUUCAAAUGCAAGAGGAGGACACACAAAUAAUGUGACGAGUGUUCGUAAAGAAACAAAAUCAUCCACCAAGUUGAAGGAAGAAAAAUCAGGUGGUGGUUCACUUUGUAGGGCUAUAUCAACUAGAAUGGAUCCAGAGCAGUUGAAAAUAAUGGGGAAUGAGGAUUAUAAGAAUGGAAGAUUCGCGGAGGCGUUAUCCUUGUAUGAUGCAGCUAUUGCAAUUGAUCCCAAGACGGCUUCUUAUAGAAGUAAUAGAAGCGCUGCUUUAACUGCUCUUGGUAGGCUUCUUGAAGCUGUGUUUGAAUGUAGGGAAGCUAUUCAAAUUGAUCCUCAUUAUCAUAGAGCUCACCAUCGUUUAGGAAAUUUGCACUUUAGAUUAGGAGAAACAGAUAAGGCCCUUUAUCAUUAUAAACAAGCAGGACCCGAGGCUGAUCCUGAUGAGGUUGCUAAAGUGAAGAUUCUUCAAGCUCAUUUAAGUAAGUGCACUGAGGCUCGCAGGUUAGGAGAUUGGAACACACUAAUUACUGAGACCUCCAAAAUUCUAUCAUCCGGUGCAGAUUCUGCUCCACAGAUAUUUGCACUGCAAGCCGAAGCGCUGAUAAAACUCCGUAGGCAUCAAGAUGCAGACAACGUGAUGUCAAAGUGUCCUAAUUUUGACGUUGAUGAUUGUACCAAAUUCUUUGGACCAAUUGGUAAUUCAAAUUUGUUAGUGACACGAGCUCAAGUUGAUAUAGCUGCUGGCAGAUUUGAUGAUGCUUUAGAGGCAGCGCAGAAAGCAGCUAGACUAGACCCUAACAACAAGGUAGCAAACAAGGUGUUGAGAAAGGCUCGAGCUGUGACAGCUGCAAGAGGAAGAGGAAACGAGCUUUUCAAGGCAUCGAAAUUCUCUGAGGCUUGCGUUGCAUAUGGAGAAGGGCUUGAGCAUGAUCCAUAUAACUCUAUUUUACUUUGCAACCGGGCAGCUUGUAGAUCAAAACUCAGCCAAUUGGAGAAAGCAGUUGAAGAUUGUACCGCGGCGCUUAACUUACGCCCAUCUUACACCAAAGCAAGGUUGAGAAGAGCUGAUUGUAAUGAUAAGAUGGAAAGAUGGGAAGCUUCAAUAGGAGACUAUGAAAUCUUGUUAAGAGAGACACCAGAAGACGAGGAAUUAAAUCGAGCAUUGUUGGAGGCUCGGGCACAACUUAAGAAACAACGAGGUGGAUGAAAAGCACGACAUUAUAUUGUUAUAGGGAUCGAAGAUUGAUGAAGAUAUCAAAGGAAUAAACAUUUGCAAGUAUGACACACUUCGUGUUGGGUGGAGAAAAGAGCUUUUUUUUUUGUGCACCGGCUAUUAAAGAAUAACACACAUGACAAUGUGAUCAAUUCUUUCGAAAAGGAACAGAAAUGUAUGAUGUUCUUAGCCGAAAAAUGAAAUUCACUGCAGAACUUUUCAGAUGGA